AUGGGGAAUGCAGACCGAAAAUCUCAAUCUAUUCGAAAGCUUUUGAGUUCCUAUGUACAGUCUUUUCAUGCCUUUCAUCUCGUCUUCUUUGUCAUUGGCUUGUCGAUUGGAUUCAUAAUCAGCUUCUACUGCAAAAACUUCAUUUUCAGAUUGCAAAUCACUUCAAAUUCGGUCUCUACUUUGUCACCAUUGCUGCUUCCGCCGCCCCCCUCAUCCUCACCUUCACCACCGCAGCUCCCUUUAAUGGAUACCGGCGAUGUUGUUACAUCCAAUGUUGAAGCUCAGACACUUUUGAUGCACAAUUUGGAUGAUGAUCUUGAGUUGUUUUGGCGGGCUUCGUUUGUUCCAAGAAUUACCGAGUUUCCCUAUAACCGUGUGCCUAAAGUUGCUUUCAUGUUCUUGACAAAGGGUCGUAUACCUCUGGCUCCACUGUGGGAAAUGUUCUUCAAAGACCAUCAAGGACUUUACACCAUAUAUGUUCAUCCCCAUCCAUCCUAUGUAGACUCAUGGCCUGAAGAUUCUGCUUUCUAUCGAACAAGAAUUCCAAGCAAGCAAGUCGAUUGGGGAAAACCAACCAUGAUUGACGCCGAGAGACGCCUGCUAGCGAGUGCCCUCCUCGACAUCUCUAACGAACGAUUCGUGUUGUUGUCUGAGACAUGCAUCCCAUUAUUCAACUUCACCACAAUAUACAACUGUCUCAUGAAUUCCAAUGAGAGCUUUAUAGCUUCCUAUGAUGAUCCAAGGAAGGUUGGCCGUGGGAGAUACAAUCCCCAAAUGGCUCCUAUGAUCACAGUAGCGGAUUGGCGAAAAGGGUCACAAUGGUUCGAGGUCAACCGCAAGCUUGCGAUAGAGAUCGUAUCAGAUACCAAGUACUACCCCAUAUUCAAAGAGUACUGCAGUCAUCCUUGCUACAUGGAUGAGCACUACAUCCCUACCUUAGUGAACAUUAUCGGACCCGGUCACAACUCGAACCGGAGCGUUACUUGGGUUGAUUGGUCCAAGAGUGGUCCGCACCCUGGAAGAUUUGGGAGGAGUCAUGUUUCAGCUGAAGUGCUGAAUCAAAUACGGUUUGGCACAAAUGAAACCUGUGAUCAUGGUGAUGUUAAUAUAACCAGUUCUAUGUGCUUCUUGUUUGCUAGGAAGUUCAUGCCGGACGCUCUGCAGCCUCUGUUGCAAAUUGUACCCAUGUUAGUAGGUUCAAAUUCUCAAUAG